AUGAUUUUUAAAUUGAUUAAACGUUGUCCACUUUUAUUUUUGUAUUUAGUUAAAUCGGCUUGUGUAAUGGAUUGUAAAUCACGAGCUGCAUCAAGUCGUCAAUUGGGAAAUGAAAAAAUAACUGUUAAAUUUCAUAUAGCAAAUACAGUAAGUGCAGCUGGAUCUGGUCAAGAAACAGAACAAACAAAUGCUAAUACGUCACAACCAUCAGUGCAAUUAAAAUUGCGACUAACGUUUACUGUUGACAUUAAUCGUGGUAGACAAACGUUAUCAUUUUUAUGUUCAUAUUUAGCAGAUGAUUAUCCUGAUGUACCUGAACAAUAUCAAGGUGGAGAAAAUGAAAAUAAUAAAUUAGAAGAUUUUCAAAUUGAUGAAUUUGCUAUUCAUGAUGGAGAACUUUAUGAUACAUUACUUAAUUUACUUGAAGAACAUAGUAUUGGCGAGAGUUAG